ACAUUAAAAAUCUUAGUGGUUCCAAACUUUUGGACUGUACAUAUAUAUAUAUAAUUUAUUUAUUUAUUUAUUUUUUUUUUUUCUACAGGCAGAAAUGCUCUGGAAAUCAAAGAGAAUGUGUAGAUUUUAAUUAAAACACCAAACAGAUAACAUCAAUGGAAAUUAUUUAAAACUAUACGAUGUAACUUUUUUCAAAAUUAACAAUAUUUAAAUAAUGAUGAUUAAUUCUUCUCCCAAAAUGUGUUUUUGUCUUACCUGAUUCACUAUGGUAAGCUUAUUACAAGCGUUUAUAUUUUUGACCUGUCGUGAUGGUUUUGGCAGGAAAUUGCACUGUGCAUGUCUCGUCAUAUCCGUAGAGAAAAGCUGCUCCGGCUGCUGUGACGCGUGUCUGGUGUGGGAGUGGCAGGUUAGUUGUCUCAAUGAGAGAGAAAGGUUGACAUGGAGUCGCUAAAUCUCCGGGGAAUCACCCGUUUUAAACAGAAGAGAGUUUGCUGGCAAAAAGUGACAGAGCUCGUAAUAAAACAAGAAUCAACAUCAGCUUGUCUUUUCGGAGACGGUGAGAACUGAGGGAUCUGAAAUGUUGUUAAAGCAAUGCGGAUAUGAUGGUGUUUUUAUUACUCAACAGGUGAGUAAGGUGUUUUAUUGAACAGAUAAAUUGCCAUGUAUCUGUCUAACAGACUUCACUGUAAAGCAUUAUCUUUAGUGAAGCUCAUUUCAUUAUGGUUGUAGUUCUGUGGAGUUUGUUUUCAAGGAAGUACCGUCUAUUAAUGGGUGAAGCUACAGUAACGUCUUCAGCUUGAGAUCCUUUCCAUCUAAACUGCUUAUAUCUCUUAAGCCCAGUAGUGAAUGUUUUAUGAGCAGAAGGAUAAUCAUAUUCAUUCGUGCAGAGCCGAAGCACAACCAAAACAAUGUUCUUCCACAAAAUGCUAGAGCCAAAAGUUACAUUAUCUACAAAAUGUAUUGAAUUACAUUGUCAAUAAUCAGUCGAGUGCACAAAAAAGUCAUGAAUGAUAGAUUACAUUAAGACUGACUAUAUGACUGAUCACUCAAAAUGCUUAGAGGUUACAUAAUAAAAGUCACUAGAACUUUAGCAUGUCAUAAAUAAUCCAAUGGACAACAGGUGUUUUCAAUCUUAGAUGCCCCAGACCCCCAAAUACAAUAUUUUAUAAACACCCAAUUUAUACACUGAAAAAUACAUUUUGUAAAUCUAAAAUAGUUUCCAUUAUCUUACAUUAUAUUGUUUUCUACUCAAUAUAGUAAUGUACUUUUACACGUAUUUGUUUAAUUUUAAUAUUUUCUAAUAGAUUAAUAAAUAUUUUUUAUUUUACACACAAACAUAUUUUUACUUAUUUAUUUUAAGAUUAUUUAUUUUAUAAACUCCUGGUCUAAAUUAAAGGUGUCCUCUUUUAAUUAAUGUGGCCAGAAGAGGGCGCUGUCACACCUCAAGUGCUAAACUAUAUUAGCCUAACCAUUGUUUAUGUUGCCUUUUCCCCCCCUAACCACACCUUUUCACUGUUUAUGGAAACACAAUCCAUCUGCAAGCUUAUAAAAUCAUCCACAUUGACCUUAAACAACAGAAACCAACGCUUUAGGAGAUUUGAUAAUCACACAAAGUUACAGAUUUUCUUCAUUUUCAUCUUGUUCUACCUGUUUUUCACGUUCUCAUUUAUAUUCUUUAAUACAUCUGGACACUAAAGUGUGGAAAUGUCCAAACAUCAAGGAAACAAACAAAUGGACUUGAGAGCGGUGCUGCUUGGAAGGCAUCAUUCUGGGAAGACGUCAGUGAUCAACACUAUACUGGAAACCAGUGAAACAGAAGCUAAAGGAUCCGCAGAUAAUGUGAAGAGAGAGGGAUUUAUUGAUGGCAGGAGAGUCAGUCUGGUUGAGACUCCCGGCUGGUGGAAAACGUUCAGUCUGAGUGAUUUAUCAAACAUCUCUAAACAGCAGUUGGUUCGCAGGAUGUCCCUGACUUCACCCGGACCUCACGCUGUCAUGAUUGUGAUUCGGGCCGAUUGCACAUUUACCGACACUGAUAGGAAGUUUUUGGAGGAGUAUGUGGAGCUGUUGGGUCCGAAUGUCUGGACUCACGCCCUCGUAAUCUUGACAAGAGGAGAUUUAGUUAAACAAGAACACAUAGAGCAGAAUAUUCAGGAAUCUGGGUCAGCGCUCAUGCGACUUGUUGAAAAAUGUGAAAAUAGAUGUCACGUUUUUAAUAAUUUAAACCAUCAUGACCGAACCCAAGUCACAGAGUUGCUCAAGAAAAUCGAAGGAAUUGUUGGGAAGAAUAACGUCAAGCACUAUGACAUUGACCUGGAGAAAGUAAAGGAGGUCAAUGAAGAGUGGGAGGAAAUUCUGACAAGAGCAAGUUCUAGAAAAUCCAGAGUACAGAAGCAACGGUCAAUAGUUCAAGAAAAAGCAUAUGUGCGUCGUCUUGAGGAGAUCAGAGUUGUUUUGCUGGGAUGGAUCCUUUCUGGAAAGAGCUCAGCUGGAAACACCAUCUUGAACACGGAUGAAUUUGACAUAGGAGGAAGAACUGGAAAGGCAAAGAGAUGUUUCAGAGACGUAGAAGGAAGGAAGAUGACUGUUUUGGACACUCCAGGCUGGUGGAAGUAUUUUACAUCAGAACUCAACCCAGACUUUAUUAGAUCUGCGAUCCUAGAAAAUGUUUCAGAGUGUAAGAAAUUCCCUCAUGCCAUGCUGCUCGUGAUUCCAGCAGAUACAUCAUUUCAGGAAGAACAAAAGAGAAUCGUUGAGGAAAACAUGUCUAUAUUAGGAGAAGAUGUCUGGAGACACACCAUAGUUCUGUUCACAUGGGGCGACAGGUUUAAAGAUGUUUCAAUCGAGAAGCACAUUGAGAGUGAAGGUGACGCCCUCCAGUGGCUGAUUGAGAAAUGCAGGAACAGAUAUCACGUCUUUGACAACUCAGACAAGAAGAACAGAGCUCAAGUCACAGAGCUGCUCCAGAAGAUCGAUGAGAUGGUGACAGAAAACAGUUUGUUUCGUUUCAAAUCACAGAAAAACAGUGAUCCAGAGAAAAGCCUUCAGAGAGCUGACAAACAUGAGGAUCGGAUGAUAGAGAUCAAACUGAAGGAUGUCUGCCACUUUCUGGAUGAGGGCUUUAAGAGAAAAGCUGAAGAGAUAAGAGAAAAGAUAGAAAACGUAAUCAAGGAUAUCAUGGAAGGAAGUCUAAAUGACAGCAUGAAUUUUCUUCUUGAAUUUCAAGAUGAACCUCUUAAUUCCAAAAAAGAAGUGAACAUUCCAUCUCAACAGGAAAAUUUUCCUGAGCCGAUUAAAUCACUUCUGGAGAGAGAGUUCAGCAGAUGGGAAAGCAUAAUCAUAGAAGGUGUCCAGGAAAGUUUACUGGACAUUAAAUCAUCAUUUGAGCUCUCUCAGGCUGAAAAGCUUCAAAUGACAAAGGAUUCUGUGGAGAAAUGGCUACAGAACUGCUGCCAUUAUGUUGAACAUACAAGCUCCAGAAUCAGGGAUCUGGACACUGAAGAUACAAUGAUUACUCGAUGAUGUGGUGUGUGUGUGUGUGUGUGUGUGUGUGUGUGUGUGUACAUAUAUAUUUACUGUGUUUAAACCUUUAGUAAUCCAGCACUUUAUCAAAAACCUGCUAUUUAUUCAGAUUUUCUAUUUUUCUAAUUUUAUUUUACUCUUCAUCUGUUGUGAAUUCAUCAAGAAUGUUCCUCUAAAAUAAAAUCUAGCUAUAGCAUAAAACAUCAAACUGCUGUUUGAGUUGUAAAUCUAUUAUUUUCAGAAUUUUCAGUGAAAAAGACUUCUCUAGUCUAGUCUAGUCUAGGGACAAAGGCAUUAGAAACAUAGGAAUAAAAGUAGACAAAAAACAAACAAAAACGUAGACAGCAAUGCUGUUAUUUAUUUAUUAACGUGUCAGUCUUAAUAUGAAUCUGAUUCUCUUAGCUUCUAAUUCACUUUAUAAGACACUUUUACAUACACAGGUUAAGGGCAUAAUACUGAUAAACUCUUAACCUGAAACUAGUCAGAUUCUCUCUGCAGGUUCCCGAACAUUAUUGUGUCCACAAACUGAGGCCAGCAUUUUUUUAAACGGACUGUGAAGAGCAAGCAAAAAGUUCAAGUACAAGGAGGAAGCUCAAAAUGAAGCAAUAGACAGCUGGUCAAAGGUAGAGGAAACUCAAUCAGUAUAUUUCUUGAAAAAGAAACAAGAAAAACGUGUGCUUAAAUCAGUCUGAAGUGCUCAGUUAUCUGACACAUUUAAAAGAAAACUAAUAGAUGAUUUCAGAUGGAAUUCAAAAUUAAUUGAAAGCUGGAAAUAAAGCUGAAAAGACAUCGGACAGGAUUUCAUUAACAGACGUUUAGUUUGAAGAGAAGUGAAUGAAUCGACAUCAGUCACUGUUGUUCACACUCCAGUCUGAUCAUUUGAGAAACAAGAGCUGGUUUUCAGUGCGUCCAGUGCGUUUUUUUGUUUUUGUUUUUUAAUCUUUGUCUUUUACUCAAGAGCACAGCUUUGAGAAACACCAGUGUCUUUUUGAUCAUAGAAUUUGGAAACACUUUCUGCUCAUUAUUCAAGCAAAUUUACCAAUGAGGACUGAACUGAAGUGGUUUUGAGGAGUAUAUGUGACGCCCUCCAGUGGCUAUCUGAGAAAUGUAGGAACAUAAUCAAGCUCAAGUCACAAAGUCUUAUAAUGCUGCGUUCACACCGAACGCGUCUGGGGCGUCUGAUUUACAUGUUAAGUCAAUGUAAACGCACGUCUAGACGUCCUGCGGCACGAAUC